AAAGAUGGCUGCCGCAGAGGCUUAUUUGAUGCUAAGUGUCGGACUGAUCGAGAAAGACACGAAUGGGGAUGCCCUGUGGGUGUGGUGUUACCCCUCAGUCAGUGCAGAGCUACGGGAGCUGCUUCUCAGGAAAUGCUGCCUGACCGCCGAGAACAAACUCCUCCACACGUUUGUGUUCGGCCAGUUCAGAAGAACCUGGUAUUACAUCAGCACAGUGGGGGGGCAGGAUGCUGCUGCAUUGAAGAAGGUAACCCAUUUUUCAAUCGUUCUUACUGCAAAAGACUUUAAUCCUGAGAAGUAUGCAGCUUUUAGCAGAGUGCUCUGCAGGAUGUAUAUUAAGCAUGGCAGCCCUGUCAGGAUGAUGGAGAGCUACAUUGCUGUUCUUACCAAGGGGGUCUGUCAGAGUGAAGAGAACGGCUCCUUUCUCAUUCGGGACUAUGAUGUCAGGAAGGCCUAUCUAGCUGGCUCUAUUAAAGACGUGGUGUCCCAGUUUGGAAUAGAGACCAUAAUCCUCUACACUGCAUUGAUGUUGAAGAAGAGAGUCGUGGUUCACCAUCCCCGAAUUGAAGCACUCCAGGAGUUCACCAGGACUCUCCCAGCGCUGGUAUGGCACAGGAAGGACUGGUCGAUACUGCAUCCUUAUGUACAUUUAAACGACAAUGAACUGCACAGCUUAAAGGUUUGCACAGGUUACGUAGCCGGGUUCACAGACCCUGAAGUCAGCAGCAGAUCAGACCUCUACGAUGUGUAUGUGAAUCUGCAGGACAGUGAAAUCACAGUGUCACCGCACGCAAAAGAGGCAAUGACGAUGGGUAAACUGCACAAGGAUGUUGGACAGCUCAUCAUUCAGUCUGCCGAAGACCCGGAGAGAUCUGACAGUCAGGUUAUUAAGGAUAUCUCGAUAAAGACAAGAGAGAUUUUGAACAGUUUGGCGUCUCUAGCGGAAACUACGGAGAACGAGAACUCCAAAAUCACUCUGGAGAUGCUGCAGCAGCGGCGCUUCCCCCCGGCGACAGAGAACUUCCUGUACCAUCUCGCUGCCGCGGAGCAGAUGCUCAAAAUCUGACGCUCCACAGCAGGAACCGGCCAAGAUUCACCUGGAGAAUGGAAUUGUCCCCACCCCUUCAUUGACUUGUUUCCUGUCAAUAGCCAGUCAACUGCUUCCCCUGUUGACUGACAUGCUUUCAGCCAGUAACAGGCUUCGACCCAGAAGACACUGCUGAGGUGAAGUGACCCAGAGAGUACAGUUGCAAACAGCAAACCCUGAAUAAGGCAUUCCAUUAAGUAGUGCCAGAUAGCAUGUUUUAAAAUAAAAAUACAUGUGUGCUAUAACAUGGGGUUCUUUUAAAACUUCACAUUUGAGACAUAUGUAGCUAAUGGAAGCGCAAAAUGGCUAAGAUUUGUGGAAUUAUUUUAUUAGCUACAAUUACUUUAACGUGCUUUUUUCUGAGUUCAGGAGCUGCUCUUCAGUUUUAGUUGCCUGUCAUAGAUAUAUGUCGACAGGAUUACAAAGACAAACUUAGUCUAAGUAUCUUUAAAGAAUUGUGAGCAAGCACCAUCUUGUGAUCUUUGAUUACAUUUUCUUUUGUUUAGCUGCCAAUACACUGCUGUGCACUAGGUGGUGCUGGUGCUUAGACACUUUGGCUGAACUAUCCAACAUUACAUGCGUCUAUGGCAGACAACUCGAACAGAAGAGCAGCUCCUGAAUUCAGUCAGAACCUGCGCUACUCAACACAAACUUAUCAAGAACUAAAAACAUUUCCUGCAUCUGGGUAUUUACUCUGAAGUGCAAUAUUUGUUCAUAAGAGAAAGUUAAGGAUGUGUACAAAAAUCUAUAAUGCUCAGUUCUGCAUUAUUAAUCAACUUUUAUAACUUGCAUACCAGCACUAACAAUGUUUUGUGAUUUGUUUAUUCUCAAAUGGCAGCUAAUUAAUUAAACUGUGCUUGGAUGAAAUCCAAGCGAGAUACAGUGUUUGUGCCAUCUUGAAUUUGUUCUGUAUAUAUCCAAAACCAAGGAUAUGUGUGUUGUUGAACUAUUGUCUAUACAUCCAGUAACUGUGCCAAAUAAAAAGCACUCAAAUCAGA